AAUGGUUCUGGUCCAAUAAAUGUGCGCCUGUUUGCCAGACAAUCUGCUCCUUCAUUGCCAGAGUGUCCUUCAUGGUCAGGUACCCUACAUAGUACCUGUCCAGUAUUUCCACUUGCUUUGGCUACCGGUGGUCUACAUGCUGGUAUAUCGGGUUUAACGGAUCCUUUAUUAAAGGGCGCACAUUUACCAGGAGCAGUACCAGCACACCAUCACCUACAGCAAUUGCCCGAUGUGGCUAAAAAUCCGUUGGCUAGUUUGGCAGCAUUAGGUUUAGCCGGUAUGGCACCGGCUAAUACUGGCGGUCUUAAUCCCACAGCUUUGGCUGCUCUAGCUGGUUCACAGUUGCGUACCGCAAAUACAAAUCGUGCUCAGCAGCAACAGCAUGAAAUGACUGUUUCAAACGAUUUGAUCGGUUGCAUUAUUGGCAAAGGUGGUACUAAAAUUGCCGAAAUACGUCAGAUUUCUGGUGCAAUGAUACGCAUUUCAAAUUGUGAAGAACGUGAAGGUGGCAACACCGAUCGCACCAUCACCAUCAGUGGCAAUCCAGAUUCUGUAGCCUUGGCACAAUACUUAAUCAAUAUGAGCGUCGAAUUGCAGAAGGCAAAUCUCCAAGAGGCAAAUAGUGCAACAACAGUUAAUGGUACCACUGCCGCAACAAACGGAGGGCAAAUCAAUAGUAGCAACAGCAACACUAAUCCAACAAACACAAAUAAUAUAAACACAACAACAUCCACAUUAAGUAACAAUAUUUCGAAUAGCAAUAACACUAACACAACAACAUCAUCAUCAUCCCCAAUAAACACAACAACAAGUGUUUUGAACUCAAACAAUACAUCAUCUACAACAUCAACAUCAAACACCACACCAACACCACUAACAAAUCCUUUAGCAGCAGCUGCCAGCUCAUUAGCUUCAGCCAUACCACUGGCCCAAUUACUGGCCAAACCAGGAGCACUUAAUGCCCUUACAAGUCUUACCGCCCUCGGUAGUCUGUCCGAUUUAUUAGGAGGUCUGGCCACAUUGGGUGGUCCACCAGUCCAAACCACUGGUGUUCAUCGCACCAAAACUUUUGCUUCAUCACGUUUUCGAAAUCAUAAUUCGGAUGGCAGCGCCGAACCCGAAAAAGCUCGAAACAAAUUCAAUCCCUAUUGAAACAACCACUAAGAAGACUAUGAAGUGUGCUGAGUAUUACAAUAAAAAAAAAAAGUAAAAUUGGGGUUUCUUAUUUAUAUUAAAAGAAAAUAACAAAAAACAAAAGAAAAAAUAUGCAAAAUGCAACCAAAAUUUUUAGAAGCUUUAGAUUUUUACAAAAAGUAACAAAAAAGUUGUAAAACAUUAAAAAUAUUUAAUUCGUCGUAUAUGUAGUUUGUAGAAAGAUCUUUUAGGAAUAAGUCUUGCCGACUUAAAUUUUAUUUCUAUUUUAUAGUGUAGAAUUGAAUUUAUACACUUGACUUAUUUUAUCAAAAAUGACAAGAAAAAAAGUAACUUUCCUUCCCAAUCCCCCCCUCUCUCUCUCUAUAAUUCUCUUUCUAUAUGUAUGUUAUAUAGAUUUAAAUACCCGUUUUCUAUCUCCCUUUAUCACUUACUCUCUCUCGUUUAUAUAUUUAUAGGGUUUUUUUCUAAAAUCUACUUUUAAGUCUAAAUUAAACCAAAUUAAAAAAAGUCUAAUAAAAAUUUAUUUUUUAAUAGUAUGACAAAAAUUAUACAUAAUUAUUUUAUUACAUCAUCUGAAAUGAAUAGUUAAGAAUAAAGAUUUUAAACAUUUUGAUAAUAGAAAAUGUAUGAAAAAACAAAAGAAGUUAUAAAGAAACUAUAAUAGAUAUAGAAUCUUUCCUUUUUUAUAAAAAUUUUCAUCAGAAGGUUUUCUCCUGUUUGUUAUAAUAUGCAAGAUAUAACAGCUUUAUUAUUACAUAAUAAAAACCAUUCUAAACGGAAUGUGUAACUGUUAUGUAUCCACCAUCUUUUUUAAAAUUUCAUUAAAAUGUCAUCUCUGUUGACAUUUUCUGUUAUACUUUUUAAACAUUUUUGGAAAAUAAUUAUUUAAAAGUUUGUUUUGUUAAAUUAAUAGAAUGUUAUAAAUAAAGACUUUAAAGUUACAGGAAACUAAUGGAAUAUCUAUGUAUAUUCACGUUAAUGUUUAAAAUAUUUAUCUUUAAUUAUUUAUUCAUUUAAAUAAGCUUUAAAACUCUUAAUCAAUAGAUUAUAAUACUUUACAUACAUAAAAAAUAUCUAAAUAUCACUGCUCUUUAUCAAAUUUACAUGUAUACAUACGACAACAUAUUGAUAUCAAUUACUUUACUCCAAAUAAAUACAUACAUACAUAUUUAUGAUAUUAAUAAUAUUUACACAUGCAUAUAUAUAUACACACAUUUAUUUUUAUUUUAUUUAAAUCUAUAAAGAUUUUGUUAUGACAAUAUUACAAAAGGCGUUAUGUUUAUUAGUCUCUAAUGUGCAUUUUGUUAAUUCAAGUGAUUAAUCUAAUUAGCAACACCCAUUAGCCAAGGAUUCAUAAAGUGUGGAAAUUUUUAAAAUAAUAAUAAAUUCUUAUCUGAGCUAUGUUAUACUAACAUAGUAGUUGUUGUAUUCAAAAUAAUAGGAAGUUCUUUCAUUUAAAGUUUUCUUUAAACUAUUUAUAACAAAUAGUUUGGCAACAACAUUACGUUCAAACAUGUUGAUGAAUAAGUCAUCUUGCUCUUGAGAAAUGGUGUAUUGGACAGCAAAUUAUACUAAUUUUUUAAUCUCUAGGAAUUAGUCAUACACUUUCCAUGAGGGUUUCCAUAUACUACUCGAUAAUUUUAAAGAGUUAUUAAAUAAAAUGGAAGAUAUAGCAAAAAUGUAACUCUAAAAUAUCGAUUAGUUGAGUAUGGAGUUUCGAAAAAAAAAUGAAAAUAUUAAUACUCAAUGUCUACUUAUUAUUUAGCCGGCACUAGACUCGUAACCAUUUACCCUGAUUUAGUAGUAUAUAUUUUAGCGGGCUGCUUAUAAAUUUAUCCCCGAAAAAUUUGUAUUAGUUUCACCACUACAGACACAGGAUUAUAGCCCGUACUUUUUCUAGUUUGAAUGGUAAUUGAUCAAAAUGUUCAUUGUUCAUAACUAACUCGAUUAACGUCUUACGCAGUCGGCAUUCUUUCUAUGAAACGUUUUUGAAAGCAGUCAGUAGUUUUUAUUCGAAUUUUUUAACCUGAAAACUAGUUUAGAAAACAUAUGAAUACAUCUUCGUUAGAACUAUUCUUAAAAAAGCACAAAUUCUGAGAAAGAUUAGAAAAAUUAUUGGAUCAAUUAUAUUUAGAAAAUUUAUGGCGGGUUUUUUCAGAUAAAGAUAAUCUAAAUUCUUUGUCUAAACCUAGUUUAAUCGAUGUUUUGUGUUUUUCAGUAAUCAGUUACGUUAAUUAUAAUCUUAGUUUAACUGAGUGUUAUUAGCCAAUUAAACCUAAGUUAUAAGUGAGAAAACAUAAUCAACAAAAACAAUAAAACAAUCAAUUCGGAAGAAGAAAAACUUCUUUAAAUAAAUAGUAAUUUUCUGAUUUGUUUUAUCAAUAUAGUUUUUGUUUUAAAUUUUUUCUGAAAAUGUUCAUUUUACAAAAGUAAUAUUUGCAAAAAAACAGCUGUUAAUUGUUUAUGUUUUUGAUUAAUAAGGGCGAGUUUUUCUGAUAAAGAUAAUCUUCAUUCUUUGGUUAAACCUGGUUUAUUAUAUGUUUCGUGUUUUUCAGUUAUCAGUAAAGUUACAUAUUAUCUUAGUUUAACUGAGUGUAAUUGGCCAAUUAAACUCAAGUUAUAAGUGAGAAAACACAAUUAACAAAAACAAUAAAACAAUGAUUUCGGAAGAACAAAAACUUAAUAUUUUAAGUAAAUUGCAAUUUUCUGAUCUGUUUUGUUUUAUUUAUUAUUGUUUUAAAUGUUUAUUUAACAUUUUUCCAAAAUUUUCUAUUUUACAAAAGUAUUGUUUGCAAAAAACAGCUGUUCAUUGUUUAUGUUUUUGAGUAAAAACUUGGCAAUACUAACAAAGUUAACUGAGCUUAAAUCUAAAACUGAAAAACACAAUCAUCGGUUAAAGUCCGCCUAAAUUUGUUCCGAGUUUAAUCUAACAGCAAGUUAAGCCUAGUUUAACUAAGGAGUAAGAAACCCGCCCUAAGUUGGCAAUACUAACAAAGUUAACUGCUCUUAAAUCUAUAACUGAAAAACACAAUCAUAGGUUAAAGUCCGUCUUAAUUUGUUCCGGAAUAAUCUUGCUGUUAGAUUAAGCCUAGUUUAACCUAAUAGUAAAAAACCCGCUCUUACUGACAAUAACAAGUGUAUUAUAUAUACCAAUCGAAAUAAUUUCAAUUCCUUGUUAAUAUAACUUUCGAUUUUGUUUUAGCUUCUCCAGAUUCCGAAUUAUUUUGUUAAGUACCAAACAAAUUAUAUUAAUUUUAUUUAAAAUUGCUUCUAUUUAGCUUAUCAAAACAAGAAUCAAGUUUUUAAUAAAGGUUUUUAUUAAAACUUUAAGAAAUAACAUUAUUUAUAUACAAAUUUCAAUUCCACUUUAAAAGCUAAAGAGCUUCAAUUGUUUGUUUUUUGAAGAAGCAAAAUAAUUCCACUUUCGAUCGGGAUAGAAUUCUGUGAUGAAAAUAUUGUAAUAUUUUGAUAUUUGAAAUAUUUUGAAAUCUUAUUUUUUAUAAUUUGUUGACAUUUUAUUCAACUGAUUUUAUGAAGUUCUUUCGGAACUAAUGUAGUACCGGAAAUAACUAGUGUGUGGUACUAAUGCCAAUGAACUAGUUCAUUAAAAACACUAUAAAAGUAAUAUGGAAUCUCAACAAUUUUCCACAGAACGUGUUCCAGAAGUAAGGACGAUACACUAGCUCCAAGUUUUCUUUUCAAGAAUCUGAACUGUAUGUAUGAACCAGUUAAUUUAGAACAAAUUUUAAAAUUAAAAAACAAAAAUUAUUGAAUUACAUGACCCAUUAUCCUAAAACUACUUCUCUGAAAACAUUAUUGGUGUACAAGAUCCGUUUAGUAGUCCUAGGUAAUGCGGGCAUAGACCAUGUACAUUGUUUUUGAAAACAAUAUGGUCCAUACAGUGCAUUACAUGGGACCAUGUUGUGCAUCAUGUACUGCCAUGAUUUUAGCAAAGGAGUAGAUAUGCGAUUAUGUUGAAAGGAUAUCACAAUGUUUAAUAGAAUAUUUCAUAUAUUUGGAAUAGUUUUGGACCAAUCCUAGUCUUUUGGGUACUCUUUACACGCGUUUGCGGAGUAGUCUAAUUUUUGCAGGGGAAUUAAACUUUUGAUAUAAUUCCUAGAGAAUGAUUUUAAAGAAUUUCAUGUUAAGCCCAAAUGAAAUUUUAUUUAAAAUAGAAUGCCUUUUGUAAUAAUGUCCUUCUAGCUAGAAUAACAAAAUAAAUGACAAAACUCUUGACAUUUUCGAAUACAUGUGCUGUGUAUUAUUAAAAAUUUUAAUAUGUAUUUUGAUUUUAUAAUUUAAAUAUGACCAUGAUAUAAAACAAUCUUUCUGUGUAGUAAACAACUUAAAGCUAAAUGAUUAAAAGGUAGUAGAUGCUUUGAAAAUUUAGUCAAUUAAAAGAAUUUUAAUUUGAUUUAAAAUAAAAAUAUUCUCUCAUUAAAACACAUUUUUUUGGCAAAACUUUAUUAAAAAGUUCUUAAUUUUUUGUUCUUUUUUAAUUUAUUUAAAAACUUUCUACAGCUUUAUUAUUAUUUUCUAUCUGUUUUAAGGAAAAGCAAUCAAUGUGUGUUUAGAUAAAACUUUAAAUUAUUAUAAAUAUGCCAAAAAUUAUAGAAACAAAUAUGGAAGAGGAGAUGGACAAAAAUUUGUAUGUAGAAGACCAUGACUUGUAUUUUAUAUACAUAUAUAAAUACAGACGUACAAUAUUAAAUAUUAAAACUACAUUUAGAAAACUUAUACAAAGUAUAAGAGACAAUUUUUCAAUAAUGUUAGAAAACAAAAAGUAAAACACAAUACGCAGACGAUAUUAGAAUAAAGGAUUUAAAUUAAAUUCAUAAUUAAAGCAAAACAAAAAACAUAAAUCUAUGUAUUUCCUUGCAUAGUAACAACAUUAAAUUAGUUAUAAAAAUUAAUACACAUAUACAUACAUAAUAUUCAUAAUAUACACCUAUAUACAUAUAAACAUACAUGCUUACAUACAUACAAAUUAUUCAUAAAUAUUUUCAUCAUUAAUGCAUUAAAUCAUAAUUAUUAUUAAUACAUAUAAUAGUGCACUUGUGAAAUUUUUAUUGUAUUGAUUAGAGUAAAACCACAAAACCAAUUUAAUAAGGCAUUAUUCGAAAUACAUACACACAUACUUACAUACAUACAUAUAUACAUACAACAAUGUUCACUUAAUUAUUAAAAAAAAAGAAAAAUUAAAUUUUGUAGACUAAAUAAUUAAGAUAAAAACAAAAUUGUUUAAUACAAAUCAAACUUCUUAAAGAAGUUCAAAUUCCAGUUAUUUAAAAAUUUAAUAAGGACCAAUUCGCUCAUAAUUAAAAUUAUUAUUAAUAAUUAAUUAUUAAAAUUAUAAUUAAAUUUAAAUAUAUAAAAUAAUUACAAAACCUUGACAAUUUAUAGAUUUGAUAUUUAAACGGACUUUUGUAAGCUGACAACAUAUUUGUCAAAUAUACUUGGAUUUUUAUAAACAAAAAAUUUAUAAAAAUAAAAAACUUAACUUUUUGCCAACCUUAAUGAAAACUUUUUACAUUGCAAAAUUUUAAA